UAUUAAGUUCUCUCUUGUAUUUGUCACUUGGCUAUUCUUCUCUUAUGCUACUACAUUUCUCAAGCAAGCUCUCUCUCUCUCUCUCUCUCUCUCUCUGUUUCAAGUUGAUUUGCUUCCAGGCUCCCUCCCUUCCCUUCCUUUGCUUCCAGGCUUCCUCCCUUCCCUACCUUACAAGUUCUCUCUCUCUCUCUCUCUCUCUCUCAAGUUAAUUUGCCUCUCUGUGUGUGUUUCAAGUUAAUUUGCUUCCAGGGAAACAAUGCCUAUAGGAGAAAUCUUUCUCGCUGCUUUCAUUCGGAUGUUGUUUGAGAAGUUGGCCUCAACUGUCCUACUGAAGUUUGCUCAUUGGGAGCAAGUUCAUACUCUCUUCAAGAAAUGGAGUGGAGAGCUAAAAGAAAUUCAGGCAUUCUUAGAUGAUGCAGAGGAGAAACAAAUAAAGAAUAGCGGUGUGAAAAUGUGGCUUGAGGAUCUCACAGACCUAGCUUAUGAUCUGGAUGACAUACUGGACGAAUUUGCCACUGAAGCUUUGCGGUAUAAGUUAACAGUUGAGUCUCAAGCAGCUAGCACCAGCAAGAGCAAGCUACUGGCCAUGAUACCUACAUGUUGUACAAGAUUCAAUCCAACGACUCUUCUUUCUGAUUUUAUGAGUUCUACUUCAAAGAUAGAUGAAAUCACUACCCAAUUGCAAAGUAUUUUUGAAAGAGGAAGUCGACUUGGUUUACAAAAGAAUGUUGUAGGAGAAUUUGCUAAAGCUUGGCAUAGACCACCCGCCACAUCAUCAUUGAUACAUGAACGUUGCAUAUAUGGCAGGGAUAAGGAGAAAAGGGACAUAAUUGAUUUUCUCCUAAGGGAUGAGUCAAAUGAUAGUAAAGUCGGCGUACUUCCCAUAGUAGGUAUGGGUGGGCUUGGCAAGACCACCCUUGCACAGAUGGUAUACAACGAUGAAGUGGUGAACAAGCAUUUUGAUUUGAAAGCAUGGGUCUGUGUUUCUGAUGAGUUUGAUACUAUGAGAAUAUCAAAAGUAAUUCUUGAAUCUAUUACUUCCAAGCCUUGUGAAUUUAAAGAAUUGAAUCAAGUUCAAGUUCAGUUAAAGCAGAAUUUGACUGGAAAGAAGAUUUUAAUCAUUUUAGAUGAUGUAUGGGACAAGAAAUACAAUGAUUGGAACAUUUUGAAGGCCCCCUUUAACGAUGGAGUCUCAGGAAGUAAGAUAAUUGUAACAACUCGUGACAGAGAUGUUGCAUCGAUUAUGGGAACCGUUCAAAACCAUUUGCUACAGCAUCUAUCAAAUGAUGAUUGUUGGUCAGUGUUUGAACAACAUGCCUUUGGGAAUAGAAGCAUGGAUGCGGAUCCAAAUUUGGUGUUUAUUGGUAGGAAAAUUGUGGAAAAAUGUAAAGGUUUGCCUUUGGCUGCUAGGACACUCGGUGGCCUUUUACGGUGCAAAGAAAGAGACAAUGAGUGGGAAGUUGUAUUGAAUAGUAAAAUAUGGGAUUUAACCGAACAAGGCAAUGAAAUUCCCCCAGCUUUGAGAUUAAGCUACCAUCAUCUCCCUUCACAUUUGAAGCGGUGCUUUGCAUAUUGCUCUAUACUGCCGAAGGACUAUGAAUUCGAGGAGAUGGAGUUAGUCUUCUUGUGGAUGGCAGAAGGCCUUCUUCAGCAACAAAAUGGAAAGAAGCGAAUGGAAGAUUUAGGAGUUCAAUACUUUCACGAAUUACAGUCGAGGUCUUUUUUCCAACCAUCGAAUGGUGGUGAAAGCUUGAAAUUUGUGAUGCAUGACCUCAUCAAUGAUUUGGCUCAGUCAGUUGCAGGAUAUACUUGUUUUAGAUUGGAGGAUAAAUUGAAGGAUCAGGAGCAACAUACAAAAUUAAAGAGUGCUCGACAUUCAUCUUACAUGCAAAGCGAAUUUGAUGCAAUCAAAAAGUUUGAAACUUUUUAUAAAGCUGAGAAUGUAAGGAGUCUAAGGACCUUCUUACCAUUGUCCUUAAGUAAAUAUAGACAUUGUUGUUUGACAAGCAAGGUUCCCCUUGAUCUGUUGCCAAAGAUGAAACGCUUACGGGUGUUGAGUUUGAAUGGAUAUCAGAUUUGCGACGAACUCAUUCCAAAAUCAAUUGGAGAUUUGAAACAUUUGCGAUAUCUUAACUUUUCCUACACAAAUAUCAAAACAGUACCUGAAUCAUUAGGUACCCUAUACAAUCUACAAACUUUGAUGCUAAGAGGUUGUCCAGAAUUGAAGAAAUUGCCUGCGGACAUGGGAAACCUAAUCAACCUACGUCAUCUCGAUAUGAUUGAUUCAAAUUCCUUAGAAGAAAUGCCACAAGGAAUUGAUAAGUUGACAAGUCUCCAAACACUAUCCAAUUUUAUUGUUAUGAAAGACAAUGGGUUUCGGAUAAGAGAGUUGGGGAACUUGAUUCAUCUUGGAGGGAAACAUUGCAUAUCAGGAAUAGAAAAUGUGGUUGAUCCUCUGGAUGCAAGAGGGGUGUGUUUAAAUGACAAGCAAGGUAUAGGUGUGCUAACAAUGGUAUGGAGUAGUGAGAGCUUGGAUGGUUUACGAAAUGAAAUGGUUGAAACAAAAGUACUUGACAUACUACAACCUCACAAAAAGUUGGAAGAGCUAUACAUCAGAGGCUACCAUGGUAUGAGAUUUCCAAUUUGGAUAGGAGAUCCUUUGUUCUCCAAUAUGGUGUGCAUGAAGUUACAAAAUUGUAAAAAUUGCACUUCCUUACCACCACUUGGACAACUACCCUCUUUGAAAGACCUUCACAUUGAAGGAAUGAGUGCUGUAAAGCAUGUGGGUUGUGAGUUCUAUGGGCAGCAUUGCGUCAAACCUUUUCCAUUACUCAAGACAUUAUGUUUUGAGAAUAUGUCAGAAUGGGAGGAUUGGUACAUUUUUGGAAUUGACAAGAGAGUUCAAACCUUCUCUCGUGUUAGUAAGCUCUCCAUCAAAAAAUGUCCCAAACUUGUGGGAAUGUUGCCGAGUAAUCUUCCUUGCCUCAAAACUCUUGAGAUUAUAAAUUGCUCGCAGCUGCUGGUUGAAGCUUCUAGCCUUGUUCUCCCGUCACUCACCUCCCUGUCCAUGAGUGAUGUUUGGCUUCCAAGCCUUCUAGUGCUCCUUGAGACAUGUAACGUGCUUGAACCCAGUUCCCUUACUGGCUUGAAUAUUAGCAAUGUUUCAAUCCCUGAGUCCCUGUGCAAUCCAAGCAUAGAUGAUGAAGUGAUGUUGGCAAAUGCAAUGUCUAAGAAUCUGAGUUCAGUAACUUCCUUGAGCAUUGAGAAGAUUCAAAAACUUGCAUUAUUGCCAAAAUGGCUUACCCAGGGGCUUAAAGGACUCAAAGAAUUGAAGAUUUCUGGUUGUAACGAACUCACAACACUGUGGCAGAAUGAGGCGGGACCACAACACAGUCUCCUUGCAUUGGAACGUUUAGAAAUUUGGUUUUGUCGGCAACUUGUUUCAUUGUUUGAAGAAGAGGAGGAUGUAGAAAACGAAGGGCAACAUCAACAAGAGGGAGUGUCUUCCAUGGUGAGACUUGAGUAUCUAAAGAUACAUGAUUGUGAAAAGUUGGAGACACUGCCACGGGGGCUACAUACCUUCACUUCUCUUCAAGAGAUGGAUAUCAGUGGAUGUCCAAGUCUGGUAUCUUUUUUAGAGACAGGCUUUCCGCCUAGCCUAAGACGACUUUGGAUUAAGGAAUGUAAGGCUCUGCGGUCCUUACCUGGGUGGAUAGCGCACGAUUCUAAUCUGGAGGCCUUGCAGAUAGACGGGUGUGAUAAUCUGGAGUCCCUUCGGGAAGAAUGGGUCCACCACCCCCCAACAAAACUGUCAUUAUUGGUUAUCAGGAAUUGUAAAAAACUAGAAUCGGUCCCUAGUUUGUGCGACAACAGCCUCCUCGCUUCCCUUGAAUAUCUGUGGAUAGAAAGUUGGCCUGCAGGAGGAGGAAUCGUCCGUUCCUACAUUCUAGAGAAAGGGAAUUUCCUCACCAACCUCACUAAUCUUAGCAUCGAGGAUAUGAAGAUUGGUAAGCCCCUAUCAGAGUGGGGUUUGCAUAGAUUGCCCUCUCUUGAUAGUCUCUGGCUUGCAGGCCCAAGUAACGUAUCAGAAGAAGAAGAAGAAGAAGAAUAUUAUUCGGUGUCUAGCUUUCCAGUAGAUGGGAUGUUGCUGCCCACUUCUCUGACAGAACUAUGGAUUAGGGAUUUCCCAAAUCUAGAGAAGAUAUCUUCUUCCAUGGAGACCAUUCAAAACCUCACCCAUCUUGAUUUCAAAAAUUGCCCUAGGCUCGCAUCUUUUCCCGAGCAAGGAGGGCUGCCUCCCUCGCUUUUGCAACUUGGAUUCAGAAAUUGUCCAAUAAUGAAACGGCGGUGUGAAAAGGGGAAAGGCCAAUAUUGGCCCCUCAUAGCUCCCAUUCCUGGAGUAUUCAUAGAAGACAGACACAUCUUUGAAGGGGAAAGGCCAAUUUGAGCCAUCAAAACUAGCAGGUUCAAUACAUUCAUUUAUCUGCUUUUCCCCCAGCUACCGCUAUUCUUGGGAAACCAAGAGAGCUACCAAAGGAUGGUAUCAACUCUUUCAAUCAUUUUCUGUUGUGUCUAGUGAAGUAAAUGUUGCAUUUGAUUUAAAGCAAUGUUGCAUCUAGUUGAAGACCUAAAGAAUGCAGUGGCUUGAUGAUUCUGUAUUGUUGUUGAUGUUUCCUUGCUUCUAGUCGUGUUGCUUCUUUUUUUUUUUUAGGUAAACCAAGUUGCUUCUUUUAUCAUACUGUAUUUUCUACUAUUGCUUUUGUACGUGUCAUAUAUAAAAGCUCAGUGGUAAAUUGACUGGUUUAUGCUGAUGCUAUUGUCGUUGCUUCUUUGGUUUUCUAGACUUUCUGUGCAGCUAUUGCUAUCUUCUCAUGGUCUGUAUGUUGUAUUUGUUGCACAUAUGUUCAUGUUAGAUGUAAACAAUGCCUAGAUUGGCUAAAUGGUAUUGUCCUCAUCUUUUGCUUGCUUUAGACAA